GCUCUCUUGACUCAACCUUUUUCUGAAUUUAGUUGCCCGAGGCUAUCUGGGUGUCCCUAAUGUCUUCUUAACUUUGUAUCUCGAAAAAAUUGCACGAAUUAAUACACCGUUGCCAUCGAUCGCGUCGAGCUUAUCCGCCCGGGAUGUGUUGUGCUUGCUAGCUUAUCGGGAAUAGCUAGCUAGUCACCACCGCUGCCAUCCAGUUUUAGAUAUCAGGGCCUAUUGUGGACUACCACGAUGGUGUCUGGAGUCGAAGCUGUCGCCUCAUGGCGGCUUGCAUCUGUAUUGAUUGCUGGCGUGCUGGCUAAUCUGGGUCAUGCAAGUCCGUCAGUCAAUGUUGCUCUCCAAGCUUCAUUUGAUUCCCCACCAUACCUGAUAGAAUUACUAGAGACUGCCGCCGAGGAAAACGCCACUUCCUACUUCCCAUUGCUUGACCGGAUCGCCGAUGGUACAUUCGAUGAUGCUGUGACGGACAAAGAACUCUAUGAUCGCUUUCUGGACGUUGUACAUGAAGAUGGGCAUUUGGGGACUCCUGAGAGCCUUUCGUCCUUCAAGUUGUCAUUGGCAAUGCGGUCGGCGAGUCCGCGGAUCACCGCUCACUACCAGUUUUACAAUGCCUCUGUUCAGCAUUCAUUGAUGGCGGCGCAGGAUGCAGCUUGUCCUGUUUGGGUUCACUCCGAUGGAAAGCAAUACUGCUCUUCUGCCAUGGAACGUGCCCAGCAGGACGUUUCUGGAUCCGACGACCCACGAGAACUUCCAUUCGAUCGUGUCUUUGGAGACUCGUCCCUACCCCCAGCUAUUCUGUACGCUGAUGUGGCAUCCCCAAUAUUCAAGGAGUUUCAUCUGUCAUUAAGUGCUCUGGCAAAGGAAGGACAACUAUCCUACCGUGUACGGUACAGGCCUCCCCAGCAUUGGAGCUCACGCCCCCUUUUCGUGUCUGGUUACGGAGUCGAGCUCGCCCUGAAACGGACGGACUACAUUGUAAUUGACGACAGAGCUGCUGAAGAAAGAGGACCAGGCGGUGCGGAGCCUAAACAGUCUGGUGAGGUUGAAGACGACCUGAAUGAUCUGAGACCCCUGUCAUCGUCAGAAGUCUCGCGGCUCGGUCUGAACACGGCCAGCUAUGUGUUAGAUAGCGAUGACCCGUUUGACACCCUCGUGAAGCUGUCGCAGGACUUUCCCAAGUACUCUGCCAGAGUCGCGGCUCACAAUAUCUCCACCGAGCUGCUACAGGAUAUUCGAUCCAGCAGAUUGCGUAUGCUUCCUCCCGGUCUUAACGCGCUGUGGAUCAAUGGGGUUCAAAUUGAACCUCGGCAAGUGGAUGCGUUCACUCUUUUGGAUCACCUGCGUCGCGAAAGGAAAUUGAUUGAGAAGUUCCGAAACCUAGGCCUCUCCGCUAAGGAAGCUGUGGAGCUGCUGGCACAUCCAGCGCUUGGUGAGGCUCUGGCAGGGGUUGGCCCUCAGCGCUACAACUAUCGUGAUGACAUUGAGGGAGGUGGUGUAAUCAUGUGGUUGAAUGACCUUGAAAAGGACGCACGGUACGAGUCAUGGUCGAGCGAGCUUGCGGGCUUCAUGCAACGCACCUAUCCAGGCCAACUUCCCGCAGUGCGCCGCGACGCAAACAAUAUCGUGUACCCCGUCGACCUGGCUAAUGCCGAAGAUGCUGAUAUUGUCAUCAAGACAAUCCAGGUCUUUGUGAAGAACAAGAUCCCCGUGAGAUUCGGCUUGAUCCCGGUUACGUUCACGGACGGGGCAAUUGCUCAGCUUAAGGUUGCUCACUAUCUUCAAGAGACAUUUGGUCUGGCCAGCUUCAUGGAUUAUCUCGAAGCGUCUGCUACCAAAAACAAACUGGCUUCUCCGGACGAGGCUUGCUUCCAGGCAGCGACUAAGGAUCGGAACGUGCGCCCUGAAAAGCAGCCUCUUUCUCUAGAUGAGAUCUUGAAUAACGACAGUUUCGACGUAACGGUGGCUAGAACAACAGCGUACCUAAACCGCCUAGGGAUGAAGCACGAAGCAUCGCAUGCUUUUGUUAACGGAAUUCCCGUUACCCGCAAUGCUAACUGGGCCCAGGAAAUGAGCACAAGAAUCAGCCGAGACACCCAAUUAAUUCAACAACGGAUUGCUGACGGUGAAGUCGAGGAAGACACCUGGCUCCCAGAGCUCUUCCUUUCCCAGGCCUUCGAUCGACGCAACCCGGCAAUCAUUCCCGAGGAUCCAAAAGAGAUUCGGGCUGUGGAUUUGGUGAAGAUCGCCGACUCCCAAGGAGAGCUCUUUAGCCAGAUCCCACGCAUAGCCUCAGAUCAACAUGAUGUGCUUGACAGUGCCCAUGUCAUUGUGAUCGGCAACUUCGAUGAUGAGCCCGGAUACGAACUACUCAGUGCGGCCCUCGAGAGCCGCAAGACACACGGAGAAAUUGAAGCUCUUUUCCUACACAACCCCAAGCCUGAGACACCUGCUACGGCUAGGUCUUCCGCAGUCUACCGUUCUUUGAACGGUGAUAAAGUUCCAGAUGUCGCGCAAAUCCUGGAGGCGAUCGCCAGUUCCGACUCGCCAUCAGAUGACGAAGCUCAGAACGUUGCCCAAUUCUGGGAAGCUCAGCAAUCUGUAGUCGAAGAGUUCGGUCUCGCCCCGGGCACGAGAGCGCUUAUCAUCAACGGAAGGGUUAUCGGACCGAUUGCGGAGGACAUUGCGCUGGCCUCGGAGGACUUGGAUCAGCUACUGACUUACGAGAGGCUCAAGCGGAUUACUCCGGUAGCAAAAGCUGCUAAAGCACUUGAGUUCGGCGAUAAGCUUUCUGAUCCUCUGACUUUUGCCAAGCUUACAUCUCUCACUACUCUUUCCACUAUUUCGGAUGUUCCUGAGGGCAUCUUCGAGUCGACUUCAGACAUCCGCUUGUUCUUGUUCAAUCGGUGGAACAACUUGCGUUCGGCGAUCACCAUCUCUACCUCUGAAGAUCCAGCAAUUACUAUUGUGGCAUCCAUUGACCCAACUUCUGAAGUUGCUCAGAGGUGGCUUCCAAUUCUGAAAGUACUGUCAGAGCUGGCAAGCGUCAGGGUAAGGUUGGUCCUGAAUCCGCGGGAGGAGAUUAAAGAGCUUCCCACCAAACGCUUCUACCGUUACGUGCUUGAAUCAGAGCCUUCUUUCAACGACGAUGGAUCGGUUUCCCGACCCACGGCCUCCUUCUCGGGCGUUCCCGUUGAGGCCCUCCUAACCCUGGGAAUGGACGUCCCCUCCUCAUGGCUUGUGGCUCCCAGGGACUCCAUUCACGAUCUCGAUAACAUUAAGCUGAGCUCGGUGAGGGAAGGCACUGAUGUCGAGGCUAUCUAUGCUCUGGAGCAUAUAUUGAUAGAAGGCCACUCCCGGGAUAUGACCGUAAAGACCCCACCUAGGGGGGCCCAGCUUAUCCUUGGAACUGAAAAUAACCCUCACUUCUCCGACACCAUCGUCAUGGCUAAUCUCGGAUACUUCCAAUUCAAAGCCCAGCCUGGGUUGUGGAACAUCAACCUCAAGCCCGGCCGCAGCGAACGCAUCUUCACCCUUGACAGCGUAGGCGGCCUUGGCUAUAACCCCCAACCGGGUGACGAAAACAAUGAGGUGGCCCUCCUCUCCUUCCAAGGCCGAACCCUCUUCCCGCGUGUCUCCCGCAAGAAGGGCUACGAGACCGAGGAUGUCCUCGAGACAGGCCCUAAACCGGGCUCCGCUAUGGACUACGUGUCCAAGGGCUUCAACUUCGCCUCGGACAUCCUCUCCAGCGUUGGGGUUAGCACCAAAGGCACCAGCGGCAAGCAGGCCGACAUCAACAUCUUCUCCGUCGCCAGUGGCCAUCUCUACGAGCGUAUGCUCAACAUCAUGAUGGUCUCGGUCAUGCGCAACACCAACCACAGCGUGAAAUUCUGGUUCAUCGAACAAUUCCUCUCCCCAUCCUUCAAAUCCUUCCUCCCCCACCUCGCCCAAGAAUACAACUUCUCCUACGAAAUGGUCACGUACAAAUGGCCGCACUGGCUGCGCGCCCAGCAAGAAAAACAGCGUGAAAUCUGGGGCUACAAGAUCCUUUUCCUGGACGUUCUUUUCCCCCUCGACCUCGACAAAGUCAUCUUCGUCGACGCCGACCAAAUCGUCCGCACAGAUAUGUACGAUCUCGUCUCCCUCGACCUCGAAGGCGCCCCCUACGGCUUCACCCCGAUGUGCGACUCCCGCCACGAGAUGGAAGGCUUCCGCUUCUGGAAGCAAGGCUACUGGAAGAACUUCCUUCGCGGCCAACCCUACCACAUCUCUGCGCUUUACGUCGUCGAUCUGAACCGCUUCCGCACCCUCGCCGCCGGCGAUCGUCUCCGAGGCCAGUACCAGAUGCUCUCCGCCGAUCCCGAGAGUCUGAGCAAUCUGGACCAGGACCUGCCGAAUCACAUGCAGCACUACAUCCCCAUCAAGAGUCUACCGCAGGAGUGGCUGUGGUGUGAGACGUGGUGCUCUGACGAAUCGCAGUCCCAGGCACGCACUAUCGAUCUGUGUAAUAAUCCGAUGACCAAGGAGCCGAAGCUGGAUCGGGCCAGACGACAGGUGCCCGAGUGGACGGAGUAUGAUGAUGAGAUUGCGGCUUUGUCGAAGAGGGUUGCUCUUCAGCAACAGCAGGAAGAGGAAGAAAGGGAGAGACAAUCAUAUUCCGAUGAGGAGGAAGAUGAGAAGGUUUGGGAUAAGGAUGAGCUUUAGUGAGUGGGUGGGAUUUUGUAUACAUAGAUCGGAUUUUGUCCUUCAAGUGGGAAAAACUAGUAUAAUACAAGUUUU